UCACUCGUCGACUUUUCCUCCAGAAGUUGAAGAUGCCUGAUCCGGUUAAGGCUCCGAAGAAGGGCUCAAAGAAAGCCGUCUCUAAGAGCGUCUCCAAGACCGGCAAGAAGAAGAGGAAGACCAGGAAGGAGAGCUACGCCAUCUACGUGUACAAGGUCCUGAAGCAGGUCCACCCCGACACCGGCAUCUCGUCCAAGGCCAUGCUGAUCAUGAACUCGUUCGUGAGCGACAUCUUUGAGCGCAUCGCCGGCGAGUCCUCCCGUCUGGCUCACUACAACAAGCGCUCCACCAUCACCUCCAGGGAGAUCCAGACCGCCGUCCGCCUGCUGCUGCCCGGUGAGCUGGCCAAGCACGCCGUGUCUGAAGGCACCAAGGCCGUGACCAAGUACACCAGCUCCAAGUAAACCCGCUGUUACACCAGCAACACAAAGGCCCUUUUCAGGGCCCCCACUGCUUCAACUCAGAGCUGCCUUCCUCACUUAUUAACUACAGCUGAUGUCUCUCACUAAACCUCCAUGUUUCUCUCUAUGCAACACAGAAGUGAGGUCAGACCCCCCCCCUCAGCUCAUUAGCUGUUUUCUGACACAGAACAUUAGUUUAUUGGCUUUUUUAAGAAUUCACUUUGUGUAAAUAACCGAUAAAAUAAACUAGCUAGCUGAUUAUAGACCUGUUAUAAAAAUAAACCUGCCUGAUGUUGUUUAUCAUUUUAUCCCAAAUAUACUAACCCAACAUUUUACUACUUAGAAACUAAAAAUCUAAAUAUAAAAAAGCAAACUUGUUUUCAGGCUCCCCUGACUGUAAAUAUAUAUAAAUUGAACACAAGAAAAAAAAAAAAAAA